AUGUUCCGAGGCCCAAGUGCCCUUCUAGCGCUUCCACGGUUAUGUCGCUGCGUAUCAUCUGUUCCAGUAGCUGCACCUACAGCAAGUGUUGGGGGUUUGAGGCAGAAGAUUGAUCAGUGGGUGGAUGCAUAUGAGGAUUUUAUUGGAAUUAAAGCCGUCAAAGAUGCUCAAGCAGGUGUUAUGAUGUGGGAGGAGAAACUCAGCAGUGCACAGCUAGCUCGGAGGGACAAACAGGCUGAAAUCAAAAGUUUGCAAUCUCGACUGAAGGAAAUUCAUUCGGAACUUGAUCGGACGAGCAGAGGAGAAGACAAGUACCUUCAUCUCUUGACAGAAGAACAUGCUGCAAUUAAGAAAGAACGAACAUUACUCGAAGAGUUCGAGGGUUUAGAAGCCGCUGAACGGGAAGCCUUUCAUCAGUUAUCAAACAGAGUUCGUGCUUCUCACGAACGAGAACGAGAACGAGCAGAGAAAACAAAGUGGUGGUCCGUAAGUGCAUCAUUGAUUGGUGCCACUUUAGGGAUUAUUGGUGCUACGAUAAGUAACGAGGUGCGAAUGCGGCGCCUUCGAGAAAUGCUGCCUUUGGGUGGUGCAAAAAUGAGCGAAAUGUCACGACUUGUUGCGGAGCAAAACGCUAAGGUAACAGGUUUCAUAACGGAAAUGCGUGACGUGCUAAAAUUAGACACUCUCAAAAUCGAGCCCUCGAAUGCUUCACUUGAAAAUGUCAGUGAUGAGAAGAUCAUAGCUGCUAUACGCGAAGAGAAUGCUCGUCUUUCUGCUCAAAUGGCCGAAAUCACACGGUUAGCUCGUUUGGAAGCCAGUCUUAACGCCGAUCCCAAUGCUGUGGUUGGUCUUUUAUGUAGUUUUGUGUUGUUAUUGACUGGAACACUGUUUUAA